AAAUAACUUUUCCAGAAUAAGCCGCUAUACAAGUGAUUAUUUUAAAAUCCACUGAAAGUAUUAUGGUAGGCCAUGUGUUUGAAAGCAUAAAGGAUUGCAUUCUAGAAAACUUGUAAACCACAUGAUUGUAAUUCAUAAUAUAUAUUUUCAUUUAAAUGUUAUCUUCUGAGAUAAAGCUUCAAAAGCUUUAUAAAUUAACAAUGUACAGUAGAUUGUCCUUAAUUUUAUCUUUAAAAAAAACCCCUAAGAUAUAUAUAUUUAACAUGUGGAAAGUCUCCCAACAUUUUUUAAAUGAAACCAUGACUUCACUGUCUUUGUUCAAGAAGUCUGUCCCUUACCUCAGAAUCAUAUGGUAAAGUGUACCUCACUUUUGGUCAUAUGUAUCACUAAUCUCCUAGGUACCACUAGUACCCAGGAAAAGAAAAGUGAUGAUGUACUGCAUAUCCUGAAAAGAGGCUUUUGAGUUUAUGCCUUUCAGCCUCAGGAAUCUUAACCAUCUCUCUCCUGUCUCAGUUUAAGUGACUCUACAUUGCCACAAAGAUGCAUUGUAUGUCACUGGUCCUAUAUUUUCUAUGGUGUCAAGGUCUUUUAUAAUUGCACAGGUGAUACUAAUACUUUUGAAUAAUAUGGAGACCUUACUAGGUAGUUUUGCCUCAUGACAAGAAUAUGGUUCCAUUUGCCAAUAUCCUUUGAUAUAUUGUAGGACAGGUGGCAUUGGUAGAGGUCCAGGUUCUGCAGAUGAGCUCUGAAGACAGGGAAUACAUAUCAACAUUAACGUCCAUGGGGCCGAUGCAUGGGAGAUGAAUGUGGGCCAGGAGGCAUUCAGACCCGGGCUGUGUGGUGUGCUCAUGUGGAAGGCUGGACGACAUUACAUACAAACUGUAAGCCGGCCGAGAGACCCAGUAACCAGCAGAUCUGUUUCAAAGUGUGUGACUGGCACAAAGAGUUGUAUGACUGGAGCCUGGGACCUUGGAAUCAGUGUCAGCCUGUGAUUUCAAAAAGCCUGGAGAAACCCCUUGAGUGCAUUAAGGGGGAGGAAGGCAUUCAGGUGAGAGAGAUAACAUGCAUCCAGAAAGAGAAGGACAUUCCUGCAGAGGAUAUCAUUUGUGAGUACUUCGAGCCCAAACCUCUCCUGGAACAGGCCUGUCUCAUCCCCUGCCAGCAAGACUGCAUUGUGUCUGAGUUUUCUGCCUGGUCCGAAUGCUCCAAGACGUGUGGCAGCGGGCUCCAGCACCGGACGCGUCACGUGGUAGCACCCCCCCAGUUUGGAGGUUCCGGCUGCCCAAACUUGACGGAGUUUCAGGUGUGCCAGUCCAGCCCCUGCGAAGAUGAAGAGAGCAUGUACAGCUUGCAUGUGGGUCCCUGGAGCUCGUGCUCGAUGCCCCAUUCGAGACAAGUAAGACAAGCAAGGAGACGUGGGAAGAAUAAAGAACGGGAAAAGGACCGAGGAAAAGGAGUGAAGGAUCCAGAAGCCCGGGAACUUAUUAAGAAAAAGAGAAACAGAAACAGACAGAACCGACAAGAGAAUAAAUAUUGGGACAUCCAGAUUGGAUAUCAGACCAGAGAGGUUAUGUGUACUAACAAGACGGGGAAGGCUGCUGAUUUGAGCUUUUGCCAGCAAGAGAAGCUGCCAACGACCUUCCAGUCCUGUGUGAUCACCAAAGCAUGCCAGGUGUCAGAGUGGUCAGAAUGGAGUCCCUGCUCAAAAACGUGCCACGACACAGCGUCCCCCAAAGGCACUCGUGUCAGGACACGGAUCAUUAGGCAGUUUCCUAUUGGCAGCGACAAAGAGUGUCCAGAACUUGAAGAAAAAGAGCCCUGUGCGUCUCAAGGAGAUGCAGUUGCCCCCUGUGCCACGUAUGGCUGGAGAACUACAGAAUGGACCGAGUGCCGUGUGGACCCUUUGCUCAGUCAGCAGGACAAGAGGCGGGGCAACCAGACAGCCCUCUGUGGGGGAGGGGUCCAGACACGAGAGGUAUACUGUGUGCAGGCCAAUGAAAACCUCCUCUCACACUUAAACACCCACAAGGACAAAGAAGAAAAUAAAUAUCAGAGUACAUCGAAGUCUAGUGCUGCACCUUUCCUAUCCAUCACUUUUGAAAUAACAGCCUCAAAACCAGUGGACUUGAAAUCAUGCACUGGUCCCGUCCCUAAUACUACACAGCUGUGCCAUAUUCCCUGUCCAACUGAAUGUGAGGUUUCACCUUGGUCAGCUUGGGGACCUUGUACUUACGAAAACUGUAAUGACCAGCAAGGCAAAAAAGGUUUCAAACUGAGGAAGCGGCGCAUUACCAAUGAGCCCAUUGGAGGCUCUGGGGGCCCUGGGAACUGCCCUCACUUACUGGAAGCCAUUCCCUGUGAAGAGCCAUCCUGCUAUGAAUGGAAAGCAGUGAGGCUUGGAGACUGUGAACCAGACAAUGGAAAAGAGUGUGGCCCAGGCACUCAAGUUCAGGAGGUUGUGUGCAUCAACAGUGAUGGAGAAGAAGUUGACAGACAGCUGUGCAGAGAUGCCAUCUUCCCCAUCCCUGUUGCCUGUUACGCCCCGUGCCCAAAGGACUGUGUGCUCAGCAUGUGGUCUGCGUGGUCCUCCUGCUCACACACCUGCUCAGGGAAAACCACAGAAGGGAAACAGAUCCGGGCACGGUCCAUUCUGGCCUAUGCCGGUGAGGAAGGUGGAGCUCAAUGUCCAAAUAGCAGUGCUUUGCAAGAGGUGCGCAGCUGUAAUGAGCAUCCUUGUACUGUGUACCACUGGCAAACUGGUCCCUGGGGCCAGUGCAUCGAGGACACUUCAGUAUCAUCCUUCAACACAACCACAACUUGGAAUGGGGAGGCCUCUUGCUCUGUUGGCAUGCAGACAAGAAAAGUCAUCUGUGUGCGGGUCAAUGUGGGCCAAGUAGGACCCAAAAAGUGUCCUGAAAGCCUUCGACCUGAAACAGUGAGACCCUGUCUGCUUCCUUGUAGGAAGGACUGUAUUGUGACACCAUAUAGUGACUGGACAUCAUGCCCCUCCUCAUGUAAAGAAGGGGACUCCGGAGUCAGAAAGCAGUCUCGGCACCGGGUCAUCAUUCAGCUGCCAGCCAACGGAGGCAGGGACUGCAUGGACCCACUCUAUGAAGAGAAAGUCUGCGAGGCCCCUCAAGUGUGCCAGAGCUACAGGUGGAAGACUCACAAAUGGCGCAGAUGCCAGUUGGUCCCUUGGAGCGUGCGACAGGACAGCGCUGGAGCGCAGGAAGGCUGCGGGCCCGGACGCCAGGCAAGAGCUAUUACUUGUCGAAAGCAAGAUGGAGGACCGGCUGGCAUCCAUGAAUGCCUUUGGUAUGCAGGCCCUGUUCCAGCCCUCACCCAGGCCUGCCAGAUCCCCUGCCAAGAUGACUGUCAGUUUACCAGCUGGUCCAAGUUUUCAUCAUGCAACGGAGACUGUGGUGCAGUUAGGACCAGAAAGCGCACUAUUGUUGGAAAAAGUAAAAAGAAGGAAAAAUGUAAAAACUCUCAUUUGUACCCCCUGAUUGAGACUCAGUACUGUCCUUGUGACAAGUAUAAUGCACAGCCUGUGGGGAACUGGUCAGACUGCAUUUUACCAGAGGGGAAAGUGGAAGCGUUGCUGGGAGUGAAAACACAAGGCGAUACCAAGGAAUGUGGUCAAGGAUAUCGUUACCAAGCAAUGGCAUGCUACGACCAAAAUGGCAGGCUCGUGGAAACAUCCAGAUGUAACAGCCAUGGUUACAUUGAAGAGGCUUGCAUCAUUCCCUGUCCCUCUGACUGCAAGCUCAGCGAGUGGUCCAACUGGUCUCGCUGCAGUAAGUCCUGUGGGAGUGGCGUCAAGGUUCGGUCUAAAUGGUUGCGUGAAAAACCCUAUAAUGGAGGGAGGCCUUGCCCCAAACUGGACCAUGUCAACCAGGUGUAUGAGGUGGUCCCUUGCCACAGUGACUGCAGCCAGUAUAUAUGGGUCCCAGAGCCGUGGAGCAUCUGCAAAGUGACCUUUGUCAACAUGCGGGAUAACUGUGGAGAAGGCGUGCAGACCCGAAAAGUGAGAUGCAUGCAGAACACAGCGGAUGGUCCUUCUGACCAUGUAGAAGAUUACCUCUGUGAUCCAGAAGAGAUGCCCCUGGGCUCUAGAGAGUGCAAAUUACCGUGUCCCGAGGAUUGCGUGAUAUCUGAAUGGGGUCCGUGGACCCGAUGCACUUUGCCUUGCAAUCAAAGCAAUUUCCGGCAAAGGUCAGCUGAUCCCAUCAGACAACCUGCUGAUGAAGGAAGAGCCUGCCCUAAUGCUGUUGAGAAGGAACCUUGUAACCUAAACAAAAACUGCUUCCACUAUGAUUAUAAUGUAACAGACUGGAGUACGUGCCAGUUGAGUGAGAAGGCAGUUUGUGGAAAUGGCAUUAAAACAAGGAUGUUGGAUUGUGUUCGAAGUGACGGCAAGUCGGUUGACCUGAAAUAUUGUGAAGAGCUUGGCCUGGAGAAGAACUGGCCGAUGAACACAUCGUGCAUGGUGGAAUGCCCUGUCAACUGUCAGCUUUCCGACUGGUCUCCUUGGUCAGAUUGUUCUCAAACAUGUGGCCUCACAGGAAAAAUGAUCCGAAGGCGCACCGUGACCCAGCCCUUUCAGGGUGAUGGACGGCCAUGCCCUACCCUGAUGGAACAGUCCAAGCCUUGCCCAGUGAAGCCCUGUUACCAGUGGCAAUAUGGCCAGUGGUCUCUAUGCCAAGUGCAGGAUGCCCAGUGUGGUGAAGGGACCAGAACAAGGAACAUUUCCUGUGUAGUGAGUGAUGGGUCAGCUGAUGAUUUCAGCAAAGUGGUGGAUGAAGAAUUCUGUACUGACAUUGAACCCAUCAUAGAUGGUAAUAAAAAAAUGGUUCUCGAGGAGACCUGCACCCAGCCUUGCCCAGGUGACUGUUAUCUGAAGGACUGGUCUUCAUGGAGUCUUUGUCAGCUAACCUGUGUGAACGGUGAAGACCUAGGCUUUGGUGGAAUACAGGUCCGUUCCAGAGCUGUGAUUAUACAGGAACUAGAAAAUCAACAUCUGUGCCCAGAGCAAGUGUUAGAAACGAAAUCAUGUAAUGAUGGACAGUGUUAUGAGUAUAAAUGGAUGGCCAGUGCUUGGAAGGGUUCUUCCCGAACAGUCUGGUGUCAAAGGUCAGAUGGUAUAAAUGUAACAGGGGGCUGCUUGGUGGUGCGCCAGCCUGAUGCUGACAGGUCUUGUAACCCACCGUGUAGUCAACCCCACUCGUACUGUAGUGAGAUGAGGACAUGCAGUUGUGAAGAAGGGUACACUGAAGUCAUGUCUUCUAACGGUACUCUUGAGCAGUGCACACUUAUCCCCGUGGUGGUGAUACCCACUGUGGAGGACAAAAGAGGAGAUGUGAAAACCAGUCGGGCAGUACAUCCAACCCAAUCCUCCAGUAACCCAACAGGACGGGGAAGGACCUGGUUUCUACAGCCAUUUGGGCCAGAUGGGAGACUAAAGACCUGGGUUUACGGUGUAGCAGCUGGGGCAUUUGUGUUACUCAUCUUUAUUGCCUCCAUGAUUUAUCUAGCUUGCAAAAAGCCAAAGAAACCCCAAAGAAGGCAAAACAACCGACUGAAACCUUUAACCUUAGCCUACGAUGGAGAUGCAGACAUGUAAAAUAGAACUUACCCGGGCAACAACCAGUUUCAGCUUUCUGACUUUGCAGUAGACAGCCAGCAGCCACAAAGCUCUUCAUACUGUGUGAAUUCAAAUGCAUUAUAACUUUUUAAAAGAGCAUCAUAGAGUGAAAAUCAGUGCCAUUGGAGAUAUCAAGACAGUACCACUUACAUAAAAUUAAAAAAAAAAAAAUCAGCCCUGAGAAUUCUAGAUUUAGUUGAAUAUAGGCUGCAUUCUGAGAGUUUUUUGUGAUCUUUUCUGAAAUCACCAACUGACCAUUCACUUUCAUCUCUAAAAUACAGUUGUGGAAUUGGUCAGUUAGGACGCCUGAUGCAAGCCUCUGGGCAGUGUUAACCCAUAGUAACAUUAUAGCAUGAGGAGUUUAUACCAAGAUCUCUACAAUACUAUAGUCAAGCAUAACAACAUGUAUACUCAAUGGAAUGACACACAUUACUAUGUCAGACUAUGUACUUGUUAAUAAGCAGUUUUAAUGGUGAAUAAGAGAUAAGCUCUAAGCUGAGCAGGAAACCCAUUGAAUAAAUUCAGCAUCUUGGUGGUUGAUGGUAGCUCUCAUUAACCUGCAUUUCAGAGGCAAAGACUCUUUUAUAAGACUUAAUUCGUGUCUUUCUCCAAAGUACGAAUGCUGGACAUGUACUAGUAUCUUAGAAAAAAAAAAAAAAAGUCCUCAAAUUCAGUAUUUUAUAGUGGUUAUUGUCAGGAAAACUAAUUUACUUGUGUUAAUACGUUUCUACUUUCCCUAAUUUUCAAACUGGUAGCCUGCAUCUCUUUUGCUAUAUGGAAGGCACAUUUUGCACUAUAUUAGUGCAGCAUGAUAGGCACUUAACCAGUAUUGCCAUAGAAACUGCCUCUUUUCAUAUGGGAUGAAGACAUCUGUGCUAAGACGGUCAUGGAGCCAUUUGCAAGUUCUUACAUCCGGAAGAGAAUAAAGUUCAGUUUGGAUGGCGACAGGAUGGAGUUAGCUAUUACAUCUGCUGUCUACACUCUUCCUCAUUGCUGCAGCCAUUGUGAAAUCGACAACAUGGUGGUGAUUUAAAUGCUCAAAUCCCGAACUCAUUAAUCCUUCAAAAGAUGGAUCCCUCUAGUUGGUUUUUAAUUGUACUUUGAAGGCGGUUUACGACUAGAUUAGAUUUUUAUAUUUGUUACCUUUGUUAAAAAAAGAAAAGGAAAAGAAAAAAAGGAGCCGGUUGUCUUUUUAAUUUUGAGCAGAUGGAGAAAAUAACGUCUUGAUAAUUUUUGUAACUAAAAGAACUCAAAAUCUUGUGAUUUUUUUUUCCCCGAUUUGUUUUUCCUAGUUUUGCAUCAAAUGCAUCCAUAGUUUUGUCUUGCUGACUGGUAAAAUUUGAAGCAGGCUUUGUAGGAUUUCAAAAACUAAAAUGUUCAAAAAAGAAUAGUUUGCCCCAGGGCUUCAUUAAAUAUCUAGACCAAGGGUGGCAAACGUUUUCCGUAAAGGGCCGGAUAGUAGGUAUUUUCCGCCAGGCCUGGUCACACCUGCUCCGUUCUGUCAUCAUGAGGAUGCAGGUGUAGACGAGACACAGGCCAUAGAAGAAUGAGCGUGGCUGUUUUCCAAUGAACCUUUGUGACAACAAUCAGCAGGCCACAUCUGCAGGCUGUGGUUUGCGAACCACUGGUCUAGAAGCUUUUUCAGUGCUUACCUCUCUGUUGUGUCAUCUUUUGCUUUCAUUCAUUUACCCUUAGAAUGCCAUCAGUGUUUAACUUCAGAGGUGAAAAACGGUCAUUAAAGUUUAUCACUGUUUUGGAAGUAGUUCUGUUUUUCACACAUGUAGCCCUGGGAAUGGCACAGUGAAAUACUAUCUAAUGUGGCAGACUUCUUUUGUAUGAAAAGAAAAAAGAAAAAAAAAAUCAAAAGGUGCCAUUAAAAAGCGAUUCCAUUUUUCAGGCAACAUUUAUUGCAACAACCUUUGGUAGAGGGGAGGACAUUAGGUUUUCAGGUCUUUUAAAAAUAAUGUAAUAAGCUAUUUUAUCUUAAACAUAGCUGUGUUGCUAUACACUUGUUUAGACUAGAAGGUGUUUCACCUUCAAGUAGAGUUUGAACUCUCCCUGCUGUUCAUUAGAGUAUUUGCAAAGAUUACAAAAGACAUCAGAUUAGGAUGUCCUCGCCCCCAAACUGAACAGAUUUCUACCUAUCUCAGUAUGAAUUAAAUGUGGAAACCACUAAUUCCUUACUCAACAUUUACUGUAUUAGGCAAAGCAAUCAUUUCAAAGCAAACAGGUGGUCACAAAGAGGAGAAUUUUACUUUAAACCAACGAUUUAAACAAGGCAAAGCAUAAAAACAAAUUCCAUUGCAUCGGUCUUACUGAAGAGGAAAACAAAAAUAAUACCAUUGCUCUGAAACUGUGAUUGCUAGUCUAGGUACUCAGGGGUCUUCCAGGUAUUCCUCAAGUUGAUCUCUUCGAAUAAAAUGAACUCCAUUUGUCCAAAAUGGUUGAGAAAGAAUCUAUUGCAGUUACUUGAAGAAUUUAGCUAACGGCCUUAGAAAAUGUAUGCAACACCUAAUAACUUUGAAAUUACUGAAUAAUAUGUUGUUGCUAUAAAAGCUAUACUUAGGAUACUGUAAAAUGUCCUUAAUUCAGAAGGCCUAUCAGUAUCAUCCAAUCCAUACUCUAAGAAUUAAUUGAUCAAAACUAUAAAAUUUUACGAAAAUACACGAUUUUAUUCAUAAAUGAAUUAUAUUUUGCAACACUACAUAUACGGAGGAGACUAGGUUCAAUGGGACCUAAAACUAGGGAACAUAUUGGAAGUUCACCAUUAGGAUUAAUACUGGGUGCCCUCUUGUUAGAAAGGUGGAAGGGCACGUAGCCAACUGGCUAUUUUGGACAAAUGAAGGUUACUAUAUUCAUGUUUAGAACAUGAUAAUAGCCUUAUUUUUGUUCCUGGCAUGAGUCAAUAAUGAGUUAAGUAUGUUACUGGAAUUUCAUCAAAACCUUAUUUCUCCUGUUCAUUCUGACAAUUCAGGAGGGGAAUAUAGUAGUAACUAGUCUGUUGACCCUUCUGCCUUACCAAAAUGGCCCAUGAGCCCCAAAAGAUUUAGAACUACUGCUCUAUAAAUCUGAAGGUCUGCUUGGUUUAAAAAAAAGAAAAGAAAAAUAAUGACACAGUAUCAUGUACAAUUUUGUUGGACUAUUUCAGUACAAACCACAUAGAACUGGCACAACCGCUCUUUUGAAAGGGGUUGAUUUGCUUAUUAGUACCUAAUCUAAGAUACCGACUGUAAUUCUUACUUGAAAGCCUUUUUGAGGACACUACCAUGUAGCUUAAAGCCAAUUUGAAAAGGAGUGCAUAAAAGCAUGUUCUUAAUUACUUGUAACAAAGCACAAAUUACUCAUAACAAGACAAAUAUUUCUUGAAUCAUCACAUGUAAGACACUCUGCUAGGCACUGUAAUACAGUUAGUCAUGACUUUUGUAUACCUAUGUAUCUAAGACACUGAAAAGAAGGGAAAAGGUUUCAUGAGAGAAGACAGUGCUUAAAUCACCCUUGACUCUCGGUUUGUUUCCAGUGUGGUAUUUUUCCUGAUGGAAAGUCCACAUCUCAGGCCAUACUGUUAAGCUUUUGCUGUAAUCCUCCUCCACCCUCAGGGAGGUAGCAAUGUUCAUUUGGCUGAACCAGAGCCCUGUUAAGUUCCUGGGCAUUUCAAGAUAAAGUCACUUACCCAGAACUUCUUACAGGGAUUAACACCUCUCAGUUUGUUUGUUUGUUUGUUUGACCUCCUCCAAAAUCCCUAUACCUUUGCUCCUUAUAAUGAUUUUUUCUGGUCUCUCUCUACUCUGCUUACAACUAAUCUUAUCUACUUUUCUCAGAACUACCUUCUACUAAACAUGCUCAAAUUUUUAAAUAAGGGGGAAAAAAAUGAAGGUGAAGGUCUCUAUGCCCUACCUAUUAGGGUCAAAGUGUCACUAAGCAUGUGAACAUCUUGAUUUAAACAAAAUGUACUGGUCAAAGACAGGAGUAAAAAGAUAAGGAAAGAUGUAGAAGAUAUGCCCCCUCAAAAAAAAAAGGCUUUCUGUAAAUAUGUCCAUUUUUAUACUCUAUUUAGUACAACGAGUAUGCUCCUACCUCUACCUUGCCUCUGUGUUCAUGACCCACCCUACAAGACAGUAAGGCAAGCCUGUAUCUUACAGAAAGGAGAGCCCAUUCCUGAGCUUAUUUGGAGUUUGAAUAGAUUUUCAAGAAUCAUGCCUCCAAAAUGAUCUGAGACCUAUUUGUAAAAAUAUUACCAAAUUCAAAUGUGUUUCGUGUUAUAUUUUCCCCACUAAGACUGAGGGUGUUGAAAGGAGAGCAGUAUAGGAAAGAAUCUGUGAAGCAUCUUGUCAGAAAGUGAGUUUUCCUGGGUCUAGUUUAGAUGUGAGAACAAAACACACCUGCCCGUCCCACCUGGUCCUCUCUUCAGGUGGCCGGACAGCAGAAGAGGAUUUCGGGGUCUGAAACUGGAGUGGGGGCCUAGCAAACAGGACUCUAUAAAAAGGAUGUUUUGCAGUGUGAUUACAGUAAUUCUGUAUCAGCAGAAAAACUGAAAAUGGUUACGUCUACGUUAUUAAAUGAGUAAAACAAAUGCUAAGUGGAUAGAAUUAACUUUGUAGCUUUAGGUUUUCAUGCUUCUACCAAGCCAGAUCCUAAAACGGGCAGUAUAUGAAGACUUUUAGUUCGUGGCAGUCAUGUUUUCAGCGAUCAAAAUCUCUAGUCUAGUUAGAAUAUAACUGUCAGUCUUAUUGUGUUUUGUAGACUUUUUUUUUAAAGCAAUAGUUUCUAGAUCAUCUACUUUGAACCCUCGAUGAAAUUUUCACAACUAUUUUUUGCAAUCUAUGUUUAUUUUUAAAAAGUAAACAUUAAGAUCCCCUUUCUGGUACUUUUCCUGCCUAUUUGUAGCACAGAGAUUUGAAGAGAUCAGUAUCGGUCAUUGUAAAAUAUAACUUUAUUAAAUUUGCAAUAUGUCUUUAUAUAAAUUAUAAUCCCCUAAAUGUGUUUUUUGUUAAUUACCUGAAUAUUUAUUUGAUUUAAGGAGGCAGCUGUCUAAGAAGUUUUUGUUAAUAUUACUUUGUAAAUUGUGUAAUGUAAUUUAUUUUAAAUUAUGUACAUUUCUUUUUUAACGCACAAAAUGUCUAUGUACAAUUAACUACAGAUUUGAAAAUAAUGUCACUAAGCUUUAUUCAGUUAAUACAGAUGGCAUGUGAAGAUGUAAUAUGCUUUUUUACAUUUUCAUAUGGGUUAUUUGUAAAUAACUAUGUUGCUGACAAACAUAAACAUGGAAAUCAUUUUCAUUCUA